AUGGGUUAUUAUCAUGCCCUCUUCUUUUUCCUUUCUUUACUUUCGGGCGGUCUUGCCAUUGGUCCAGGCAGCGUUACAAACCUCAAGAUCGUCAAUCAGAAUGUCUCUCUGGAUGGCUUUUCGAGAUCCGCCGUACUUGCUGGUGGAACAUUCCCUGGAACGCCUAUUCUUGCAAACAAGGGCGACCGUUUUUUGAUCAACGUUGUCGACCAACUCACGGACCCAAGCAUGCUUCGCAGCACCUCGGUGCAUUGGCAUGGUAUUUUUAUGAAGGACUCAGCUUGGGCUGACGGCACCUCUUUUGUUACCCAAUGCCCGAUUGCGGCCAAUAACUCUUUUUUGUAUGACUUUACGCCCAGCGGGCAGGUGAGCCCGAAUAACUCAUGCGUUCACGCCAAUGAUGUGAUUUCGUCAGGCCGGCACUUUCUGGUAUCACUCCCAUUUGUGUUUGUCCUCUUUGAUUCUGUUUAUAUCACUGUUGAAGUUGACCCAGCGAUGCAAUACUGCGAUGGUUUGCGUGGGCCACUCAUCAUCUAUGACCCAAACGAUCCGCACAAGCAUCUUUAUGACGUCGACGAUGCAACUACAAUCAUUUCUCUGGCCGACUGGUUUCACGAGUCCAGUCGCACGGCUCCUUUCCCACUCUUCUACACUACAAAUACAAUCAACGGCAAAGGUCGUUUCACUGGCGGACCGGCCGCUGACCUCGCCGUAAUCUCCGUUAAGCGUGGAUCACGAUACCGUUUUCGCUUAAUCUCCAUGUCAUGCGAGCCAAACUUCAUUUUCAGCAUCGACAAACAUUCUAUGACUGUCAUCGAAGCUGAUGGUGUUUCCACCCAGCCACUUGUUGUCGACUCAAUUCAAAUUUUUACUGGCCAGCGCUAUUCGUUCGUUCUAAAUGCCAACCAAAGAGUCAGUAACUACUGGGUCCGCUCGCUUCCCAACCUGGGCGACACAACCUUUGCCAAUGGUGUCAACUCGGCAAUUCUGCGCUAUGCUGGUGCAGAGAAAUGCGAUCCAAAGACAAAUCAGACGGCAAGCACUCGGCCGCUGGUUGAGUCGAAUCUCCACCCGCUUGUACCGACGGUGGUCCCCGGACUGCCUUUUGUUGGCGGCGCAGAUGUCAACAUUAAUCUCAACAUCGGACUGGACUUCACAACCUUCCGCUUCAACCUGAAUGGCGUCUCGUUCUCUCCACCAACUGCGCCUGCUCUCCUGCAAAUUCUCAGCGGAGCGCAGCUUGCGUCUGAUCUCUUGCCAUCCGGAAGUUAUUUCGCUCUCCCGCCCAACAAGGUCAUCGAAGUUACUAUCCCUGGUGGUGCCGAUCCCGCUGGACCCCAUCCGUUCCAUCUUCACGGCCACAAUUUCUUUGUCCUGCGCAGCACCAACACCAGCGAGUAUAACUUUGUCGACCCUGUCAUUCGGGAUGUCGUCAACACUGGCUUCCCUGGAGACAACGUUACCUUCCGAUUUGUAACGGACAACGCUGGUCCAUGGUUUUUGCACUGCCACAUCGACCUUCAUCUGGACAUUGGUUUGGCAGUCGUGUUUGCAGAAGACACGGGCUCUGUUUCGAAGGAAGUUAUUCCAUCUGCGUGGAACAACCUCUGUCCUAUAUACGAUGCGUUGGAUCCUAGUCAGCUUUAA